AUGACUGCAUCAUCAAGCACACGCGUCUCUCUUGACUCUGACCAAAAGCCUAGAUUUUCUGGCAGUGGCGCACACACCUGGAAGGAAGGCCUGAUUGCUUACGACAUGUCGUAUAGACAAAAUGGGUUCUGUCUGCAUGUUGUAGUGAAGGCUUCUUUUUCUGGCAACCCACAGCAACACUGUGUUUGGGCUUUGAGUUCUUCUAAUAUUCUCCUUCUCCUCAAGAGUCGCAACCUACUAUCCUUCGUCAAUGGUGCCUCCGUCGCUCCUUCUCCUUUUCUUCAAGAUGACAAGGGCAAGCUUACUGAUGCCAUUAAUCCUGCUUAUGAUACUUGGAUUCAACAAGACCAAUUGGUUUUGUCCUGGAUCAAUGGUUCUCUUCGUUCUACGGUUCUCGCCACCGUCACUCGUUUUACUUCUGCUCGAUCUACUUGGGUGGCUCUUGAAAACCAUUUCGCCUCUCCAAAUCAAAAUCGAAUUUUGCAACUUCGUAGUGAACUCUUCCGUACUGCUCGUGGUGAUUCCUCCAUUGCUGUUUACUUGGACAAGGUCAAUGCUAUUGUCGACAACCUCGCGUUAUCUGGUUCUCCUCUUCCUGACUCCGAUCUUCUUGCUGUCAUUAUGAAUAAUGUUGGGCCUUUAUAUGAGUCUACUGUUGCGUCUGCUCAAGCCCGUGAAACCCCUAUUACCUAUGCUGAUCUUGAGGCUUUCUUGCUCUCUGAUGAACAACGCCAUCUUAUGCUCCAUGCUCCUGCCCGUGAUGGUCCUGCCACUGCGAUGGUUGCUGCCCAUGGUCAUGCUUCUUCUCGUGGUCGCUGUCGCGGUAGUGGCCGUUUUUCUUUCCGUGGUGGACAUUCUGGUGGUUCUGCCCCGUGGUUUGGUUCUUCCUUUGCUACUGGACAUCUUGGGUUUCGUGGCUCUUCCUCCUCUCAUGGUUCUGGUCGUGCUUCUUUUUCUUCUCCUGGUGGCUCCUCUUCACAACCUGGUGUUUUGGGUCCUCCUCCUACAGCUGCUGCUGGUUUUUCCUCAUCUUCUGCUUCCUUUUUUGGUUUGCUUAUUCGGUGCCAAAUUUGUGGACGUUAUGGGCAUUCUGCUUUGGAUUGCUACAAUCGUCUCAACAUGUCGAAUGAAGGUCCUCAACACCUUACUGCCAUGACUGCUCAACAAUCCUCGUCUCCUCGUCCUCCUAAUUGGGUUGUGGAUACUGGGGCCAACUCUCAUAUCACCAAUGAUCUGGGUAACUUGUCUCUUUCCCGAGAAUAUCAUGGCCAUGAUUCUGUCGAUGGUGUGCUUGGUGGAACAGAGACCAAGGGCGCUCAUGCCCACAUUUCUUCUUCCUAUUAUGCGGAUUCUGCACCACCUUUACAAGUGUUUGGGUCUCUUCCCAACCAGCAGGCUGCCUCGCAGCCCCAUGGCCACCAAAUUGUCACUCCCACCUCUCCCAGCCCAUCCUCACCCUUGCCCAAUGCCACCAAUACUCCCACAAUUGUUGCCUCCCAAACAACCCAACACUCCCCACCUAGUUCUCUCCAAGUUUACCGUCACACCCCACAUAGGACCGUCCUCACUUUUCCCUCUCCUGAGCCUGACCUUGUUUUACCAAGUUCCUCAAGACACUCAUCACCUUCGGCCACUUCUCGGGAAUGGCGCACUGCUAUGGGAGAAGAAUUUAAUGCUCUUCAACGAGCCGGUACUUGGGUCCUUAUUCCUCCAAAGCCCACCUUAAAUGUUUUGCCAAAUAAGUGGGUGUUUCGCAUCAAACGCAAUUCCGAUGGCUCCGUUCAACGUUACAAGGCCCGUUUAGUGGCUAAUGGUUUUCAUCAGCAAGAAGGGUUGGAUUAUGGCAAUGACCCGACCCACAUCUCCACACUCAUUCAAGACUUAAGCCGUCUCUUCUCCAUGAAGGACCUCGGGCCUGUUCAUUAUUUUCUGGGCAUAGAAGUUCUUCGCACUCCUAACGGGCUUUCUCUCACUCAAUCCAAAUAUAUAAAGGACUUGUUGACACGCACAAAGAUGCAGGACGCCAAACAUAUUUCAUCUUCUGUUGCCAGUGGACGUCGUCUUAGCCUCCAUAAUGGUGUUCCAUUGGAUGAUCCUUCUGAGUACCGUAGUGUCGUUGACUAUGCCGGUGAUCCUGAUGAUCGUCGCUCCACAAGUGGCUACUGCUUGUAUCUUGGUGCACUAUUCCGUGAUCUGCAGCUUUCUUUUUCCUGUCCUAAACUUUGGUGUGACAACAUUAGCGCCAUCUCCUUGGCCUUCAAUCUUGUCUUCCAUGCGCUUACUCGUCAUGUUGAAGUCGAUUAUCAUUAUGUUCGUGAAAAAGUUGUGCGGCAGGAGCUUGACGUUCGUUACUUAAGACCAAAUUGCUGA